AUGGCGGAGAUGGCAAACCAUGAUGAAGAAUACAUCCUCAAUAAUUUCAUCAAGGAUAUGCCCAGUACAGUGUUUUUCCGGCGCCCUCUGUCAAAAGACCACCUGUGGGCGUUUUGGUGCGAGACAACCCUCUCUCCUUUCAAUGUAGGUGGUGGUAUUACGGAUUGGGUAACUCACAGCCCCACCACCAAUCAAGGGAUCGUUAUAGAGAAGAUCAAAUCUGCGCUUCAAAACUUCCAUCGUAAUAACUAUAUGGAUCAUACUCUCAUUCAGUUUUGGACACCCAUCACAACAGAAACAGGGUGUUUCCAGCUUGUAACUUCAGACCAACCUUUUGCUCUUUCUUAUGAUCUUGAUGAAAGACUUCUUAAGUAUAGGAAGCACUGUUUGGAAUAUGAAAUUGAUUUGGAUGGGACAGAAGAACACCUUGGAAUCCAGGGUCGUGUGUUCCGGAAAAAAUUGCAUGAGCGUACUGAAGAUGUGCGAAUUUACUCUAGCAAAGAGUACCCACAGCGCGAAUUUGCCCUAACUUGCAAUAUUUGGGCUUCCUCUGCUUUCCCGCUGUUUCACCCCUCUUUUCAGGGCUGUGUUGGAGUGCUUGAGUUUGUAAAAAAUACACCUUCUGGAUUAUUGCUACUGGUGUGUUAUUCGCUUUUGGAUUAUUUGCUCAAGAUUGCAGGUCUGAGAAGUUCUCUGUGUUACUGUCAUAGAUCUUCGUACCCUGUUCUCAUCAAUAAAUUUCUAUACUACACAAAAUUUACAAUCCAGAUUUAUAGAGAUACAAAUGAUGAAAUCUACAAAGGGUUGCAAGUGAUGUGCAAAAAACACAAGUUACCUUUGGCUCAGAUGUGGAUUCCUUGCAGAUUCAAUACCUUGAACACUGAUGGCAAUAUGGACAAUAGCUCCUCCAAUACCUUUUUUGAUGUAAGCUGUGUGGGACAAGUCUUGCACGGUCCAAACGAAGUAUCAUAUCUUGUAGAUUAUAAUCUGGUAGAAUUCUCAGGGUUAUGUGCGUCUAAUGACUUACAAAGGGGGCAGGGAGUUGUUGGGAGGGCCUAUCUGUCACAUAAACCAUGCUUCUGUAGAGAUAUAACUCAAUUCAGCCUAACUGAAUAUCCAUUACUGCCCGGUGCACGUCAUUUUGGGUUAACUGGCUGUUUCUCGAUUUCCUUGCGAAGUUGUUACACCAGAGAAGUUGAUUAUGUACUAGAGUUCUUUUUAAAUCGGAAAAGAGCAUAUGGUAAAGACACAAGUACCUUACUGUGCUCGAUGUUAGAAACAAUGAAGCAACAUUUUCCAAGCUUUAAGCUCUCAUCUGGAGAAGAACUCGGGAAAGAAUUAUCGAUUUAUAUUAUUACACCUCGCAUGAAUCGGGAACCUACCAGAUCUCCAUCCGGGCCUGGAGUCUUGCACAGUGAACAAGAGAUGAUGCAACCACAUUCAUCAAAUCAACAACUAACACUUGAAGUUGAUACUUGUUCAGAUGACACAUAUUCAAUUACUUAUGAGGAACUUGAACAACAUUUCGGAAAGAAACUUGAAGACAUAGCAAAUGUUUACGGUGUGAGCAGAUCUACGUUUAAACGUAUAUGCAGAAAGAAAGGAAUCCGCCGCUGGAAACGGGGUAAGAGAAAUAAGGUGGACGACUCUCCCUCUAGACUCGACCCUCCCUGUUCUGAUUUGACUGCUGAGAAACUCGUGACUACUUUUUCUCACAUAACUCCACUUGUAAUAACACCACAAGAAGCAAGUACCAUGACUAUAAAGGCAACAUGCGGUGAUGAUAUGAUUAAAUUUCAAAUACAUUUUUCAGCAAAAAUGGUGGAGUUAGAAGAAGAAGUCUCCAAGAGGUUGAAGUUCAAUGUUGGAAUUUAUAAGAUCAAAUAUAUAGACGAUGACGGCGAUCGGAUUUUAAUAGCCUGUGACAAGGACUUACAGGAUUGUAUAAGUGCUUCUAAUUCAUUGGGCAUGAAAACAAUCAAAAUGUUCAUUGAGCCAAUUACCCAAAUAUAA